CUACCUGCUGGCGACAGCUGCCUGGCAACUCCCAAGCUGGCUGGCGCUCCCAGCCUCGCAGAACCGGGGCUAGAUGUCGCCGUGGCUGCGGCCAAGCCAGGCGGUCUGCCCCGCGGCGGCUGCGCCGGGGCGGGAACCAAACCCCAGCCCCAUCCCCGGUGGCUGCGGAGCGCCCCUGUCAGCUGCCGCGAUCUCUCUUCAGAGGAGGAGCGCGGCGGGAGUCACGGCCAGGCGGGCCCUCAGGCCGGAAGGGAUGCACGCCUGCGAUUCCGGGACGUCCCGCGCGAGCCCAGAAGAACCCGCAAGCCAGCGGCGCCUGCGCCGGAGCUGCAGCAGCCCCCUGCCGGCCACGCGGGCUUGGGAGCGGCUUCCGGAGUCCCGGCUUGCGCUGACCUGCAGGCGCGCGCCUAACGGCUUCGCGGGGCUCACGCGGCCUGAGAGGUGGGAGCGCGGAGCUGCAGGCGCGCGCCUAAAGGCUUUGCUGGGCUCAGGCGGCCUGAGAGGUCUGCGCGCUGAGUUGCAGGCGCGCGCCUAACGGCUUCGCGGGGCUCACGGGGUCUGAGAGGUCUGAGCGCUGAACUGCAGGCGCGCGCCUAACGGCUUCGCGGGGGCUCACGGGAUCUGAGAGGUCGGAGCGCUGAGUUGCAGGCACGCCUA